UUGAAGCAGUAAACAAAACACACAAAAGGCAAAUCUUCCGAGAUUUACUCAUCACAAACACAAACACAAUCGAAUCAAAGUUUAAUUGAUUCUUCUUUCCAAUUAAAGUUUUUUUCAGAAUCUUUUUUUUUUAUUUAUUAUUUCUUCACUUGCUCAUACUUUCUCUAUUUAAGUCACCAAUUACUCCUUCGCAUCUCUCACAUCCUCCCAAUUGAUCCUUUCUUACCUGUUCUUCUCAAUUUUUUUGUGGGAAAAAAGAAUUUCCAGUGUUUUCUUAGGGUUCAGUAUCAUCAUAAAUGGCUCCAAGCCUAAGCAAAGCUAGUUCUGGUGCUGCAGCCCUUGUUGAUGGCUACAAGCAAUCUCCAAUCACUCUUGAAGACUCCACUUUCAUGGCCAAUGGUCAUGUUUUUCUCUCUGAUGUCCCUGAUAACAUCACAGCCACUCCUUCUCCCUACACUUCAAUCUCCGCCGUUGGAUCCUUCAUAGGGUUUGAAUCCAAAGAGUCCAAAGACAGGCAUGUGGUCCCCAUCGGAAAAUUGAAGGACAUAAAAUUCAUGAGCAUAUUCAGGUUCAAGGUUUGGUGGACUACCCAUUGGGUCGGGUCCAAUGGAGGAGAUCUCGAGUCAGAAACCCAAAUCAUGAUCCUUGAUAGGUCGGAUUCAGGCCGGCCUUAUAUCCUUCUCCUUCCAAUCAUCGAAGGCCCAUUCCGUGCCUCGCUCCAGCCCGGAUCCGACGACAACAUUGACAUCUGUGUUGAAAGCGGGUCGACCCAGGUGUCCGAAUCCGGGUUCCGGAGCGUCCUAUAUAUUCAUCCGGGUGAAGACCCGUUUACCCUUGUGAAGGAGGCUAUGAAGGUCAUUAGUGUCCAUUUGGGUACUUUCAAGCUAUUGGAUGAGAAGGACCCACCAGGUAUUGUUGACAAGUUUGGUUGGUGUACAUGGGAUGCAUUCUACCUUACUGUGCACCCUCAAGGUGUGAUGGAAGGUGUGAAGGGACUUGUUGAUGGUGGGUGCCCACCUGGGCUUGUGUUGAUUGAUGAUGGUUGGCAAUCAAUCAGCCAUGAUCAUGAUCCCAUCACAACAGAAGGCAUGAACCAAGCUGUUGCAGGUGAACAAAUGCCAUGUAGGUUACUGAAAUUCCAAGAGAAUUACAAGUUUAGGGACUAUGUUAGCUCUAAGGGCAGUUGCUGUAAGAAAGAGAAGGGUAUGGGUGCGUUUGUUAAGGACCUUAAGGAGGAAUUCAAGACUGUUGAUUAUGUCUAUGUGUGGCAUGCUCUUUGUGGGUACUGGGGUGGGCUUAGGCCCAAUGUUCCUGGACUGCCUGAUGCUGUCGUCAUCAAGCCGGAAUUGUCACCGGGCCUACAGGCCACCAUGGAGGAUCUUGCCGUCGACAAGAUCGUUAAUAACGGCGUCGGACUUGUGCCGCCGGAGUUGGCUGAUGAGAUGUAUGAAGGGCUUCACGCUCACUUGGAGAAGGCUGGGAUUGAUGGUGUCAAGGUGGACGUUAUUCAUCUGCUGGAGAUGCUAUGUGAGAACUAUGGAGGAAGAGUGGAUCUUGCAAAAAUAUAUUUCAAGGCUUUGUCAUCCUCAGUGAACAAGCACUUCAAUGGCAAUGGUGUUAUUGCAAGCAUGGAGCACUGUAACGAUUUCAUGUUCCUUGGAACAGAAUCCAUUUCUCUUGGUCGUGUCGGUGAUGAUUUCUGGUGCACUGAUCCAUCUGGUGAUCCUAAUGGGACAUUUUGGCUACAAGGGUGUCAUAUGGUGCACUGUGCCUACAACAGCUUAUGGAUGGGCAACUUCAUACACCCUGACUGGGACAUGUUCCAGUCUACACACCCUUGUGCGGAGUUCCAUGCUGCUUCCAGGGCCAUUUCUGGUGGUCCAAUUUAUGUCAGUGACUCAGUUGGCAAGCACAAUUUCGAUGUCCUUAAGCGUCUCGUCUUGCCCGACGGCUCCAUCCUUCGCUGCCAAUACUAUGCCCUCCCAACCAAGGAUUGCCUCUUUGAAGACCCUCUCCAUGAUGGCAAAACCAUGCUCAAAAUCUGGAAUCUCAAUAAGUAUACUGGAGUGAUUGGAGUAUUUAACUGUCAAGGAGGAGGAUGGUGCAAGGAGACAAGGCGCAACCAAUGUUUUUCACAAUACUCAGUGAAGGUGUCUACCAAGACCAACACAAAAGACAUUGAAUGGAACAGUGGGAACAACCCAGUCUCCAUUGAAGGAGUCCAAGUCUUUGCAAUGUACUUUUACAAAUCCAAGAAGCUGCUUCUCUCCAAGCCAUCAGACAACAUCGAGAUAUCGCUCGAGCCCUUCAAUUUCGAGCUUGUGACAGUCUCUCCGGUGACUGCCUUGCCUGGAAGGUCGGUCCGAUUCGCCCCAAUAGGGCUAGUGAACAUGCUCAACACUUCUGGUGCUAUCCAGUCUGUGGUUUAUGAUGAUGAUUCUGCUCAAGUUGGAGUGAAGGGGAGUGGAGAAAUGAAGGUGUUUGCAUCAGAGAAGCCUUUUGCUUGCAUAAUUGAUGGAGAAGAUGUUGCAUUUGAGUAUGAAGGGCUAAUGGUUGGUAUUCAAGUACCAUGGCCUAAUAAUUCUUCAGGCAUCUCAAUUAUUGAGUACCUGUUUUAAUUUAAAUGUGGGGAAUUAUAUUAUUGUUUUGCCCUGCAUUAACUAUAUUAUGAGUAAGGUAUUUAUUUAACUUUUGUCUUAAUUUCCAAGUGUUGGAGAAGUAAACUAAUGGUGAUAUUAAUGAAGUAUUUUUAAGUUUUUAACUAUCAA